AUGUCUGCAGAGAUGAUGAUGCAGUCCUGCCUCAUGGACCGGAGCAGCAGCUUUUUUAAGCUGAUUGACACAUUCUCCUCGGAGAUCUCAGAGCUAAAGCAGGAGAUGGUUCAGCCAGCCAGAGAGCCGGAGACCGAGAUCUUACAGGGUCUGGAAGGAGAGGUGAGUGGUCUGUUCCUACAGUCUUCUGCCUGCGCUGGUGCGCCUGGAGUGAGGGAUUCUGGGUAUGACUCUCUACGCAGACGCAUGAGCAUCCUAGACAGAUUGAUGCAGACACACUCUGUAUGGUUGCUGCUGUCACUCAGCGAUGAGGAAGCCAGGCGCAUUCUGCAGCCGCAGCCGGCAGGGAGUUUUGUGGUGAGGAGGUGUUAUAAAUUGCAGAAAAAGGUGAUUUCCCUGCGGAUGGACAGUGACACCCUGAUUGUUCGGGACUUCCCUGUUAAAGAGAGCCAAUAUACUUUUUCCCUGGAGGGCUCAGGGAUCAGCUUUGCAGACCUCUUUCGACUGGUGGCAUUCUGCUGUAUCAGCAGGGACGUUCUGCCCUUCACCCUGAAGCUCCCUGAGGCCAUUGCAGCUGCAAAGACCCUCACAGAUCUGGAGGAAGUGGCUCAGUGCGGGAGAGGUUUCUGGGACUCUGAACUGUGCAAUAAGAAGAAGUCUUCUGAGUCUGGGGAGACUGUUUGUGACAGUCGAAAUCUAAAACAGUUGGGCAUUAAUUUCUCCCCAAGAGUCGCGGGCAUCCCAUUCACUCGGACCCCUUCUGAACUUGAACAUAGUCAAUCCAACGGAGCGCUGUGCUUCAUCAAUCCCCUCUUCCAGCAGACCCACCAAACUAACCCUUCACCCAAAAAGCAAGAAACAUCCCCAGGUAACGCAAGUGGCUCUCAGCACCGCCACAGUGCUCUGCAUAGAAUAGAUCGCAGCAUCUUCUGUCGAACAAGCAGCACACAAAACAAACCACACGCUAGUGUGACUAGAUCCAAGAGUGAGAGAUCCCCACCACCUCGACCCCCACCCCCCUGCUUUGCCUCCGGCAAAUCAGCAGUUCUCCGUAAACAGAAGACCAUGCCUGAGACGGUCUGUUGGAUCAAAACGCCUCAGGAAAAGAGCAGUCUGCUGGGGAGGUUGGGAUCAUCCUUUAGUUCCUUAUCUCCCUCAUCCUCCCCACCCAAAAAGUUCAGUAAGCCCAUCCUAGUGCCCUCAUCUCGCAGUAAGAAUUCCUCCGGUCUGCUUGACGCAGACGGGCUCCGCUGCCACAUGGCCCUUGACGACCAGACCAUUGAGGAAGCCGUGUCUUGGAGCCUUGCCAAGCUUUCUUCAUGCAACUCCACGACCCUGGAGAACUGCAGCCCCGCAGAUGAGCGCUGCUCGACAGGACGAGAGCGUCUGAGCGACCUCAGCAUCUCCACCUCGUCCUCAGAUUCUCUCGACUUCACCCACAGCUUCUCGCUGCCUAUGGAGGCCAGUCCCUCCAGAACUGAACGUCCCACUGGCGACAGCAGCCUGGAGGAGGAAGAAGAGGAAGAAGACGAUGGCAUCAACUUGGAGAGCGACCAGGAGGCGCCACUACCCUUCAAGUCAAAAAAGCGUAACGGUGCUGGUACAUUCGUUCUGCCGCGUGCACUGAGAGGACAUUUGCGCAAAAUGAGCGGCGUUCUCAAUUCUCUGAUGACGCCCGAGAGGAGAGCCAUUCGGAAGAUUGUUGAGCAGUCCAGGGAUAAAGGGACUUACUUUGGCUGCCUGGUGCAGGACUAUGUGAGCUUUUUGCAGGAGAAUGCCGGCAGCCACACGUCGGGAUUGGACCUGCUGCAGACUCUCAGGCAGUUCAUGACUCAGAUGAAGUCCUACCUGUUGCAGAGCUCGGAGCUUGACCCACCUAUUGAGUCCCUCAUCCCAGAGGAUCAAAUUGAUCAGGUGAUGGAGAAAGCCAUGCACAAGUGUGUGCUGAAGCCCCUGAAGCCUGUGAUAGAGGCAGCUCUGCAGGACUUCCAGGUGAGCAGCGGGACUUGGCAGCAGCUGAAGGAGAAUCUGGUUUCGGCCAAAGCCAAGCAGCCCCAGGAGAUGGGUGUGGAUGGUGCUCUUCCCCCUGACCAAGUGGCCAUAGAGAAGAUUCGCCACAAGUUCCACAACAUGUGCAAGAUGUACUCGCCAGAGAAAAAAGUGUCUCUGCUUCUCAGUGUGUGCAAGCUUAUCUACAACAUAAUGGAGAGCAACUCAGGGAGGAUGUAUGGGGCAGAUGACUUCCUGCCCAUGCUGACAUAUGUGAUGGCCCAGUGUGACAUGCCACAGCUGGAUGCUGAAAUACAGUACAUGAUGGAGUUACUGGACCCAUCACUGCUUCAUGGAGAAGGAGGCUAUUACCUGACCAGUGCAUAUGGGGCAAUGUCUCUCAUCAAGAACUUCCAGGAGGACCAGGCAGCUCGUGUGCUGAGCUCUGAGACCCGAAACACGCUGCACCAGUGGCACCGCAGACGCACAACCCAGCGUUCCACGCCAUCUGUGGAUGAUUUCCAGAACUACUUGCGGGUGGCACUGCAAGAUGCAAGCAAUGGCUGCACAGCCAAAACCCUUCAGGUUCAUCCUUACGCCACAACGGAGGAUGUGUGUCAGAUAUGCGCGGACAAGUUUAAAGUUUCGGACCCGGAGAACUACGCCCUUUUCCUCUUGACAGAUGAAACCACACAGCAGCUGGCCCCGGACACUCAUCCACAGAGGAUCAAGGCCGAACUACAUAGCCGCCCACAGCCACAACUGUUCUUCUUUGUGUACCGCCAGAUCCAAGACCUCACUGUCCCUUCAGAACAGCUCGAUGAAAACACUUUGUCCAGCUGAGAGAGCAAACCUGAAUUCAAGGAGUCCUCUCGAAACUCCUUCUCAGUCCUGUUUAUUCAUCUCCUUCCUUAGGAACACAGCUAACGUCUGCACUGUUUUGAAAAAAAAAGCUGGAGGGAAGCGGAAAAUGUGCUUUGGGGGAAAUGGGGAAGGAAGGAUGUGUCUGACAGAUGCAGCAUUUUUUAUGCUCUGUCUUCACUAUUUUCAAAACGUUUUGGGAAGUUGCACGCGGCCAUCACGAGAGAGUAGCUGUAUCCAAACUGCAAAUGUUACAGUAUGCCUGUUUAUUUCUUCAUGAAUGCCCAAACAUACACAUUGUAAGCUUUACACAUUCCACAUUGAAUGUGCCAGACACUAUAGCUCUCCUGUCUCGUAUGUUUCGCUAUGCUGAGAGACUGUAGUAUUUUUCGUGUGACUGCUCUCCCUGCAGAAUGAGAGAGCUGUUCAGUGCAUUGAGGUGAAGACUUUCAGGAAGUUCCUUCCUUCAGCAUUUGUUCAGUAACAUGGACAUCUCAGUCCCUAAGGCCACUGUGGACACUUGUUUUCUAAUGUAAAAUUGAUUCAUUUGCAGUUGCUGGUUAACUGCAUUCUUUUUAUAUAUAUAUGAUUUAUUGUUAUAGUUUUGCAUGUAUCUCUGUGCUAAGACCAAUUAAAGAACCAGGCAUUGUUGCCAGUGAUGUUUUAUCAUAUUGCUUUUGUAUGAAUUAUGAUUAUUAUGUUUUGUUAAAGUCAUCGGUAGUAAUGGAGAUGGUAGAAAUGGUGAGGUUUAGUUCUAAAAUACUGUACUACUACUGACAAGCUAAACAUUUAGGGCUUGUGGUAAUCUGGAUCUCUGUUGUACUGAUAUUGGUUCUGAUUUACAGGUUUUUAAGAACAGACACAAAGUGCCUUUGGCAAGUAGAACAUAUGGAAAGAUCUAUGUAAAGUAAGAAAUAAUAAGGGAAAAAUGACAUGGACUUUUAAAGCUGGUUAAGAGACAUUGGUAGAAAUGAUCAGCAAAGAGAAAUUAUGUAUGUGUCAAUGUAAAGUGUGUCAGGGAAUACCGGGAACGACGAGUCACAUAGAGGAGAAUAGUUCUUUAACAUUCAUAACUAUACUCAUAACUGCAAUAACUUACCAAGUAUGGUCUAUUAAUGUACUUUACAUUUGCAUGUUUUGAUGUAAACUCGGGGCAUUGUUUUUUUUUUUUAGAGACGGGUGCUGAAAUGCUCUAAUCCCAUGUAACGAUGAUAUAGAAACACUAGUCGCAUCUGAAACACAAACUACAUGUUUCAAGUCUUGAAAUGUAUUUUAACAAGAUAUUUGAAGUCUGAUAAGUGUAUACAUAUUUAUAUGCAAUCUGUGCAGGAUUUUUUUACAGAUUUGAAAUUCAAAAAUAUUGUGUAUUCAUUUGCAGAAAUUCUCAUCAUUCUUUAGUCAGUUCUUAUUUGCCUUUUUUUAAUGUACUCUUUUGCACAAAAUAAAUUGAUGUUGAACGUG